AGAAGAUGUCUAGAACAUCAGUAUCUUACGAAGGCAAGAUGUCAGGUUACUCUGGCACAAGACUCGGGGACCAGUUCUACAAAGAAGCAAUUGAGCACUGUCGCAGCUACAACUCUCGGCUGUGUGCUGAGCGAAGCGUCCGCCUUCCCUUCCUGGAUUCACAAACUGGGGUAGCUCAGAAUAACUGCUACAUCUGGAUGGAGAAGAGGCACAGGGGACCAGGCCUGGCCCCAGGUCAGCUGUACACAUACCCAGCACGUUGCUGGCGCAAAAAGAGGCGUUUGCAUCCCCCUGAGGAUUCCAGACUGAAGCUGCUGGAAAUUAAACCUGAAGUUGAUCUGCCUCUGAAAAAAGAUGGGUUCACAUCAGAAAGUACAACUCUGGAAGCCUUGCUGCGUGGAGAGGGAAUAGAGAAAAAAACAGACACUAAAGAGGAAGACACUAUUCAAGAAAUCCAGAGGGUUUUAGAAAAUGAUGAAAAUGCAGAUGAAGUGAAUGAGGAAGAGGAUUUGGAAGAAGAUAUUCCAAAACGAAAGAACAGGCCUAGAGGACGGCCAAAGACCCCCACCUGGAAAAAAAUUUUCCAGAAAAAUGCUCGGGGAUCUGGAGGCGGCAGGAGACGGAAUGAUGCUGCCUCCCAGGACGAUCAUGACAAACCCUAUGUUUGUGACAUCUGUGGCAAGCGUUACAAGAACAGGCCUGGGCUGAGCUACCACUAUGCUCACACCCACCUCGCCAGCGAAGAGGGUGAUGAAGCCCGCGAGCAGGAGACCCGCUCUUCACCUGUCCACAGAAAUGAAAACCACAAACCCCAGAAAGGACCAGAUGGGGUCAUCAUUCCCAAUAACUACUGUGACUUCUGCCUUGGAGGCUCCAAUAUGAACAAAAAAAGUGGCCGGCCUGAGGAACUUGUAUCGUGCUCAGACUGUGGGCGCUCUGGACACCCGACCUGCCUGCAGUUCACCACAAACAUGACUGAGGCUGUUAAAACCUAUCAGUGGCAGUGCAUUGAGUGCAAAUCCUGCAGCCUUUGUGGGACCUCUGAGAACGAUGACCAGCUGCUCUUCUGUGAUGACUGUGACCGUGGCUAUCACAUGUAUUGCUUGAAUCCACCAGUCUUUGAGCCCCCAGAAGGGAGCUGGAGUUGUCACUUGUGCCGGGAGCUGCUCAGAGAGAGAGCGUCAGCUUUUGGCUUCCAGGCCUGAGGAGCUCCAGCAGUCAAGAAACACUUUGCUCCUGGUGUUGCCAUACCAGCACACAAUUCCCAUCCAGAACACAAAGACACACCCACAUCAAAACGAAUGGACACUCAAAUACAGGAAGAGGUAUCUGGUAUUCACUGUCACUAAUGCCAUACCUCCUGGGCUAGAAGGAUCGUGUACUUUGCCAAUGCUCCGGAUGAAAUCUCUUCACUGCUAUGCAUGGUUGCUGCUUGCUGUUACGGGCUCACAUGCAUUAUAGAAGGGGGAGGGUUGUUAUAUUGACAUGGAGAAGUCAAUUUUGUGUGGCCUUGUGCUUUCUGUUUAGUAUUCUUUUCAAAGAAGAAGUAGUAAGAUAUCACCCAAGGAAUUAUUGGUGAGUACUUUGGCUGGGAGCAGCACCAGCUGUUUCUCUUCACAGACUUGACUAGAAAUCUCUUUGCUGCAACCACUCUGUAUCUGUAGGGGGGCUUUGAGAGUUGCAUUAGUUCAAUACUUCCCAGGUCAUGAACAAUACGUCAUUGAGAGAAGCGCUGAUCAAAAAUUUUGGGGGUGAUGAUUUCUCCCUUGGAUCAAAUGCUUCGAUUUGGCAGAUCUUUAGAAAUCUGGUUUUAGUAUCUCUGAAGGAAGAACAGUGCCAGUGUGUACACAUACAGAUGCUUCGAAAAGCCUGCUAUCUUUGGGAUUUCAGGAUAUUCAGGCCCACUGUCCCACUGCAGUGCCAGCAGUACAGUCCAGACUCAUCAUUCUGGGGUUUUUUUUUGAAAAUUGUGAAUGGUUAUGUAUGUAACUGACUUGCUGUUUAGCUCAGAAAAUUAAAGAAAAGAAAAAUAUCAUCUUAAGUUGAUCAUAGAAAGUAAAAUUGUCAGUUUUCUGAGCAAUCUAAAGUAAACUGCAAAAAGGAACAACUUUGGCUUAGGGUCAAAUAAAGCACUUUUGAUUAAUUUUUUGAAAUUUCUAAACUAAAGUGUUCUGCAACUUAAAAUUGCAUUUUAUUCUGGAAAUUCCCUAAUCAAGACUUCCAUCAUUUCCAAAGUGUUACUUUUUUUUUUUUUUUUUUUUUCCCGAUCUAGCUGAAUUUUCAAAUAAUUUUGCCCCCAAUUUCUCUACAACUGCUUUUUUGGCAAACAUGAUAAGUUGUCAGAAAACCUUCCCCAGCUCUAGAGAAGGAAAUAAUUUACUGAACCUAAUAUGAAAAGAAAGAUUUUCAUAAUGAUUUUUAAAUUUAAAUAGAAAUAGUUGUACUUCAUUUAAACAAACCUCUAUGUGUGAAAUGAAGAAACAUUAAGCAAGAGCAUCAAUUGAAUAUUACGGUUGAGUCUCUCUGAAUAAUUUAAGACAUCACUAGGAGGACAAGUGAGUACAUUAAAGAAUUUCUACCAGAUACAUCUUUAAGGUUAAAAACCUGCAACUCCCUGAACUGCCAAAUAGCCCAGAAUGACCAUUUUCUUGAGUAUGAUGUAUAUUACUUUCUAUGCAUAGAUUUAAGUGGGUUUAUAAUACAAAUUUAUGAGAGUCCCAAGCAGCAUGUGACUCAGGUCGCUUGUACAAGUAGGUAAGGACACUAAAGAUUAUAUUUGGCAUCUUUAUAUUGGUUGAAACUUUUCCACAAAAUUAAAUGUCCCUGAACACUUGAAAGGAUAUUGUGAAAGAAUACUGGUGAGGUAAUUUUUCUUCCCUCUCCUGCUAAUUACACUUAGUUAGUAUGAGCUAUACUGACCUAAUGCACUUUCCCUCAUUAUUUAGAUAGUUUCUCCACCUUUUGCAUUUUGUUCAGCCUGCAUGCCAAAAGUAGCCGUGUCAGCUGCGGGAUUCUCCCACAUGCUGUCGGCAGCCUCUUCUCAAGCUGCAGCAGGAGUAUUUUAACCUGUUAAAAAGAAGAUUUAUAAAGUAUUUAUCUUAGUUGUAUUGGACCAAAUCUCUUGUGUAGCAGACUCACUGGCUACCUGUGAAAUUCAUCAAUACAGAAUCACAGAAUCACAGAAUCAUCUAGGUUGGAAAAGACCUUAGGCUUUCCAUGUGAUGGUCGCACAGAUGAACUAAGAGUACAAAGAAAUUUGAGCAUCAGGUGUGGGGACAGUAAAGCAGAAGCCCAUGGACAUGCAUGAGGUGUCUGGUGCCUUUUGGGACAAAGCUCUAGAAAAAAUGUAAAAUUAAACAUCUUUCCCCCAGUCUGGAAGUGCCCUGGCCCUGGGGAGCACUUGGGGGCCACAACUCACCGACAUGAGCAUUUGCACCCACCUGUUGGUGUGGUUGAACCCUGCUGGCCUGGCUCUUUGGGACCAUCGUACACUUCAGACUGAUCCAAAUUCCUGUUGCUGCUGUGGCCAGGAGUGCUUGUAUGUGUUCACCAGGACACUGCUGGGCUUCCUCAUGGAAAGCAUGUCUUUUGGCAAGAGGGACAGGAGCUGAGAAGUGUGUGCACUGGAGGAAAGUUUUGUGGUGGUGCUGGUGGUGGGAGCAGCAGAGGUGGGUUAGGGUUUGGGCUGGUGCUCAGCUACCAGCCCUGCUGGGCUUAGGGAGUUUCGUCAUAAAAACGUCUGUUGCCUUCCAGUUUCCUGGUAUUUUCAUUGACCUUGGAAGAGGAGUACGACAAUGUCUGCAUUAUCAAAUGGAAAGGAAAAUGCAUAUUGUUUUAGCCAGUGCAUUAGGGAGACAGUGGUGGCUCAUCAGGUAAGUCUCAGGUAGCCCUGUUGGUGGGACUGGCUGGUGCAGAGUCAGUGCUCUCCAUCCCUGUGACAGAGACAGUGCUAAAUGAGCUGUGCUCUGCACAUACACCUGCUUUCCUAUUUUGUGAUUUUGAUCCAUAGUGCUGUUUCCUCACCCCACAACUGUUCUGCAGUGAACAGUGUCUUUCAUGUUUGCAAAUAUUCCUCAGCUACCUUGCUGAAGUUUAUCACUAAUGAAAUAUGAUGGAAGGAGAGAUUGCUAGACCUUCAACAGCAAAAUAUUGUUUGCUGUUUGAGAUCCGUGUAAUAGGGUACUUACCCAAGGUGGUCCAGCUGCGUUUCAUUUCCUCAGCUUUGUGCUGUGUCGCUGUGUAGCCAGGCAGCGCCAGGUGGCUUUGGCAGCAGAUGAAAUACCAGCUCUCCCAUGCUGAGAACUUCCUCCAGAUACAGGCUCCCUUCCUCACUAGCUCACUAUAAGAUAAGGGGCUGGGACAGACCUCUGAGUGACAUUUUUAGCAGGUAUUCAGAGCCAUACAUCUUGGUGCACUUUAGAAAUAUUAAUCGAUCCGCCAAGCGAACAAUGCUGUACCCACUCUACUGGGAUGUGGAGAGGUUGUGGCACAGCCAUGGGGGUGAGGAACAGGUGUUCAGAAACUCUGACAACAGACUCCCCGUCACCUACCCACUGGGGACAGCCUUCCUGCAUGACCACUGGCAUGAACAACUUGGGUGACACCAUCCGCUGUCAGGCAAAUCUUGAGACCACUUGUAGCAGCGAUCUGGUCUGGGCAGUAAGCAACGUGAGGACUCUGGCUCUGUAUGCCUUUGUCUCUUUUGCUCUGGCAGGAUGUGCAAAUUUGUUGGAAGCCCCUGAGGUGAUCAAACUCUGGUGUAUUUCAAAACUCUUCUGUAUAGGCAAGGCAAGCAAUAUUUUAGCACAAAUCAGGGCAAACUACCAUGGGAGAUGGUAGAUCCUGCAUCCCUUGAAAUCUUCAAAUCAAGAAUGGGCAGCUUCCCAGAAGAUAUAUUUUAAUUAAACACAAUUUUAGUUAAUCACAGGAAUGUCUGACUGAAAAGGGCUUGUGUUAUAGAGGAAGUCAGGCUGGAUGAUGUAAUUGUUCUUCCUGUUCUUAUUAUAAAAACAGAUGUUUACUGUGGGAGAGGAUGUAUUUAAAUACAAGCUGUGUCUGCAUAAUGGCCUUAAAGUAUGUUAGUUAAACAUAAUAAUGUGAUCCUUCUCAUUUUUAACCCAUUUUGAUAACCUAAAAAAGUUCAGUUAUAGGAAAUCACCUUACUGAUGCAGUAAAUGGCGCGUUACCUCCUUCAUGCCCAUGAUGGCAGCUACAUUGGUGUUAGCUAUCUCGGGCUGUUCCAGAGAUUGAACAAUUCAGACCUAUAUUGCAUGAAGGCAUGGCUUGGUCCUGGCUUUCCCUCCAUCAUAUUUGUGUGCUGUCUUGCCCAGUUUUCUGCCCCAUGGUGGAAAGACUGGCUGGGGAGGGGAGCUGCUGCAGUGGCAACCUCAGAAGACAGAGGGAUGGAGAAAUGGUCAUAAAAAGUGGAUGCACCCAAGUCAUACCACUGUGGAGGUGAGCUCCUGCUACCGUCAGAACCUCCCCUGUAGCUUGGAAAAGGCAAUACCCUUAAGAUGUAUGAGAUGGGUCCCAUUCUGCCUCCAAACUGUACGUCCAUAGACAUGUCUUUGGACUGAGUUUACAGCAUUUCUGUCAACAUACCUUAGGUCAGUUCUUGAGCUAGGAAAGCCACCAUUAAGUGUGCUCUUUUGAAGAAAAUGUUGCUCUAAACAACUUUGAAAUGAGCUUUCUUUGAAAGUUUAGUAAAUUUUGUCCCAAAGGAAGACUCUCCUGCACCAUGGAGUGUUACGGAGCUGUUGCCUGUUCUUUGCACCUACAGCAUGUGUUGUGACAGAGGUCAUUUGGGAGGUGAAGGGUGGAUGGGGGUAGAAGGGAAUAUUAAUUUUGUCACUGCCGGAGGGAUAGUGUGCAUUUUGCACAAGAAAAUUCUGAGUAGAGCUGGGCAUGAUUUUUCUGCAUGGAAUAAAUAUAUUUUUUUAAAAUGUGCUUUUCAGAGAACCACAAUUAUUCACAUGUCCAAGUUCAAUCUGGCAAAUUAUUUCAUACAAAAAUUAUGGGGGGAAUAUUGGAAGAGUUGAAAAUACUUAUUUCAAUCUUUUUAGAAUUAAUCACUUCAAUACUUGAAAAAUUUGAAAAUUAAGUAGCCUUCAUUUGAUACAAAGCAUUUAAUGUGGAUCUUAAUAGUUUUCAGGUCUAACUGAAUUGAAAUUUUCCAAAUUUUCUGAUCUUGUGUCAUAUCCACCACUGUGUAUCUGGUUAAUUCAGUUUCAGCAUGUCAAGAAACUGCAUUAGAGAGAACUUUACAGUAUUGACUUAAAAGAAAGCAGCUAUGGAGGAAUAAGAAUCUUUAACAUGAUGCAAUGGGUUCAUCUGAAAGUAAGAAAAGAUAAAAUGAAGGAAAAUGUAAUCUUGAAUGCUAGAAGCACUUUCUUAGAGUGAGAAAUCUUGGUUGAUCUUACUUGUCUAUCUGUCUAUCUAAUCAGUUGGAGAUGCCAACUGUUAGUUUAUAAAACUGUCUUGCAGAGCAGAAGGGGGAAACACUUUAUGUUUUCCUGAUAUAUAAAAAAAAAUGGACAAAGCAAAAGAGAUUGUAUUGGGAGAAAUUUGGUACCAGUCUGGGAGGGCAGAAAAUGCAAAUCUUCUCGAGGAGAUGAUUAAAAGUUGGGUUGUCUUGUCAAUUUUGUUAUGGGAGGCUGAGAACUGGACAAGAGGAGGUCCUGACCUGAAAUUUUAAGAGCUGACCAGAUCUACAUUUUUGUGAAGUUCUGUAGAGAGGAGCUGGCAGACAGGACAGCAAAGCCCUC